CCUUAACCUCUCUACUGUCAUUGCAUGAUAGCAAAGCUUGACCUGCUGCUCUGAGCAGGGCUCUCAGCCUCCAGAGCAGUUCACCGUCCUCCGCAGGAAGCUUCAUCCUGACUACAGGGGUGCUCCAGGCCCCACACACAGCCUGUCUGCUCCUCUGGGGCACCUCAGAAUGGAGCCAGCACCAUCUCCUCCCGUCUGUAACCUGAACGGUAAUUGGCACUAUCAGUUCCGCAUCAUCCUGCUGGGGGAUUCGACGGUGGGCAAGUCCUCCCUGCUCAGGCGAUACACAGAGAGGUGCUUCGGGCCAGCUCCCUGCCCCACCGUGGGGGUGGAAUUCUACAGCAAGAUGAUCGAGCUGCCUCCAGGGAUCAAGGUGAAGCUACAGCUUUGGGACACAGCCGGCCAGGAGAGGUUCAGAUGCAUCACCAGGUCUUUCUAUCGGAACGCCGUGGGCGUGCUGCUGGUGUUCGACAUGACCAACCGCAAUUCCUUUGAACGCAUUCUGGAGUGGUACCAUGAGGUGGCCAGCAUCCAGAUUAUGGAAAAGGUCAUCUUCCUCCUGAUUGGCCACAAAUGUGACCUGAAAUCAGACUGUAAAGUCUCCACUGAGGAGGCAGAAGGGCUGGCAGCCUACCUGGGCAUGGACUUCAUUGAAACAUCUGCCAAGAGCAAUAUUAAUGUGGACUUGGCCUUUGAGAUUAUGGUCAACAGUGUCUAUGAAGCCCUGAAGAACAAGGAGAUUGCUCUGGAGGAAGGCUGGGAUGGGGUGAAGGUGAUUCACAAGAAGAAAACUUGCAAACCCCAAAAGAAGAGAAAAACACCAGAAAAAUGCCUGUGUUAGCCAAGAAAUUAGGGACCAGGACUUACGGUGUUGGAGGUGGGGAGGUGACACUGCGAUGCCAAGGAUGUGAAAUUUUUAUGGGGAUGGAUGAGCUGAUUCAGAAAUAGAAAUGGGGAAGGAGUCUGACGUUCAGCGUGGGGUUAGAAUUGGGGGCAUAGGUCCAUCUCUAACAGAAACAAAGGAUCUCAUCCUUUCAUCCAUUGGAACAGCUGAAUUGCACUGAAUUAAUGAAAAAGAGAAUUGCUUCCCUUUCCAGGUGAAAAACAGGCAAUCUAGUUGGCACCAAGCCAUUGUUAGAGGCUUUUAUUUGGUUCUUAGGAGAGGAAGCCCCUUUUAAAUACACUAAGACAUUUUUUUAACUUAAUUUAAUUAACUAAGAAACUCUUUGAUCAUUGCAGCUGACGUUCAGUUACUGGUAAAUGGAUCUGAUCCAAUCAAUGGGGCUAAUACGAGCAAAUAUAUCAGAUGUUCGUGUCUUACAGUGGGAUUUGGUUUUAUUGGUCAGUGCAGAGGAGCGAAGUUCACUAAAUUGAGCCAGUACAGUAUUUAUGCACCACUUUUGUAAUUAACAAUUUUUUGCUGAUUUUCU